GUAAAAUGUGUAAAUUUAUCUUUAUUAAUAUAUUUGCAAAAUCCUAAUAUAUGUUUUUAUAAUCAAAUAUUAUUUGUUGAUAUGAAACUGUAUUUAAUCAUAUAACCAUGGACCAAUCAGAUGUUAAUACCAAAUUAAAACAUAAAGAAUGGAGAAAAAUUGCAAAAAAGUUUAGGAGAAAACGUUUGCGGCAGGCUUUUGCAAAGGCCAGAGAUGAAGAGCAAGAAAAAUUACAAUCACUGUUGGAGAAGGAUCCUAAAUAUAUCGUAUGGCAGACUGAACAAAAGGCGCUAGAAUUGUUUAAAAAACAAGAAGAAGAACGAAUUAGAGACGAAGAGCACAAAAAAUGGCUAGAAAAUGAAUUGGAGGCACAGAAAAAAUGGAAAGAAUCACAAGAAAAACUCAAAGCAGCUAGAGAACUCAAAGAAAAACAGCAACAGUUAAUUAAAAAGGAAUGGGAAGAACAACAGAAGAAAAUUGAAGAAGAACGUGAACGUAAGGCUAAAAUCCAAAAAGAACAAGAAGAAAGAUAUAGAAUUCUUAUGCAAAAAAUUGAAGAUUUUAUAAAAGAUGGUGGUAAAAUUCCUGAUGAGCUGAAAACACCUAAAGACACAAAUCCAUCAAAGCCAUUGUGCCCAUUCUUUACUAAAAUUGGUGCGUGCAGAUUUGGAGAUAGUUGUUCAAGAAAUCAUCAAAGUCCAGGGAUCAGCAAAGUUCUCUUGUUAAGAAAUUUUUAUACUCAUUUUGGAAUUGAAAAAUGUUUUCAAUCAGAAUAUGGAAAUGAUAUGGCAUUAGAAUAUGAUGACAAGGAAACAUAUGAACACUUCAAAGAGUUUUUCUUUGAUACAAUAGCUGAGUUUAAAAAAUCUGGACGAGUUGUCCAAUAUAAAGUGUGCUGUAAUACAGAACCCCAUCUCAGAGGAAAUGUUUAUGUGGAAUAUGAAAGAACAAGAGAUGCUUUGAAAGCCUACAGGCAAUUUCAGGGCAGAUGGUAUGGCGGUAAGCAAUUAAAUGUUGAAUUCAGUGGCGUAUCUUCUUGGAAAAAGGCAAUAUGCGGUAUGUUAGCAGUUCAAAAUAUUAGUGCUUUUACUAUUCGAUAUUAAAGAAAUAUUUUAAUCUGGAAACUCUGAACAUACUUUAUUGGCAUGUUUUUCAAAAAAUUAUGCCACAAAGGUCAAGCAUGUAAUUUUUUACAUGUUUAUAAAAAUCCUGGGAAUUUGUUUUUAAAUGCAGACAAAGAUUUACACCGAGUCGGUAAUCUGAGUGACCACAAAAAUGAAACA